GCGCCGGGCCAGAGAUUAGAUGAUUGGGGGACAGAAACGCCAAGGCGAGAGAUGCACCGCAUUCCAGCAGUUUCCCAUGCCGCUUUGUGUUAUAUUGGCGUCAAGGUGAACUUUUAGCCACAGACCAGGGAGAAUUCCAGUUCUCAGCUAGGCUCUUAAGUUGCUAUCAGUCACUACAUCGAAAUCGUUGUCACCUUCUGUAAAACAAUUGCAAUCUUGAUCUUAUUACUGCACCGAAAGUGCCGAUCCAGUGUGAGAUGAAGCUACUUGGAUAUCCAUAGAGUGACAAUACAUUUGAAGGACGCUGCAGUAUGGACCGUGAUGUAGUACGUAAGGUUAAAAAACGUAAAUAUGGUGACAAUACAGGAAGAGAACUUUCUUCUCAUUUCCCAGAAGAUAAUCUAGAGACUUCUAUUGCGGACGAUCACCAAGUGAUGCAAAGUCCCAAAUUACAUGGACACAGGAAACAGAAAAAGAAAAGAUGCACCGAAUCAUUAGGUAAACAUGAAAAUUUAGAGCCUGUUAAAGUGGACUCUGAAAGAGACUUAAAUCUCUUUGUCAGUGAAGAUGCAAGACCAAAGAAGAAAAAGAAACGUGAAAGGGAAAAUAGUUUUAGAUCAGAAGGACAGUGUGAUGGUUCAGAUGUGCAAAUUCUCAGUUUAUCAAACAAUGCUGAAAAGAAGAAGAAAAAGAAAAACAAAUGCACUUCAUUGGGAAGGUUUGGCAGUUCAGUUAUGGCAGACUCUGACUUGGUUUUGAAUAAUCUACUUGUUGGUGAUGACGAAAAGGAACAGAGGGAAGAGAAAAAUCAUUCCAGAUCAGGAGCUGCAUGUGAACGUGUACAAAUGGAAGAUCACAAGUCAUUUUGUGAGCAAAGAAAGAAAAAACAUCAUUGCAAGUCAGUGGGAGGUGACUAUGCUUCACAGGAAUGUGCAGUCGAGAUUCAGGAAGAGAAGCAACACUCCAAGUUGAUGGGCAAUCAAGUCAAACGAAAGAACAAAAAUCGCCAUUCUUGCUUGGUAGAAGCGGGAGAUACAUUUAAGUUUAAGAUAGAGGCUACCAAAGAAAAGGAUUAUAGUAUUUUAUUGAAAGGUGACAAUACUUCAGAGACUCCUGCAAAAGAAUCAAUACAACAAUCAAUGUGUAAUCCCAAGUCUGUGGAUGGCAAAGCUGGGAAAAAGAAGAAAAGGAAGCGUUGUUCUGAUUUGGCAGAAGGUGGUGAAGUGUCUGAGUGUACUCGAGUAAGGAAUAUACAACAGGUACAGAAUUCAAUAAGGAACGCUGGUGGUCAAAAGGAAAAAGAAUGCUAUGAUCCAUUGACAGUAGGUGGUAUUGAAAACAUUACAGGGAAUCCUGACAAAGAGAGGGAAAUUUUAGAAUCUGCAGAUGUUGAUAUGAGCACAUCAUCCAAAAAGUGCAAGAAAAAGAAGAAAAUGCAGUUUAACACUUCCCUCAAUGAUACUGAAGUUUUACAAAAGUGUGUGAAGAAAUGUAAAGAAAGCAACCUGUUUCCGUUUGAAACUGCUGUGGAAAAGAAUUACUCUGCAAACUUCAAUAACCGUGGUAAAUCGUUAAAGAAACGAAAAGUAAAAUGCAAUGCAAGUGGGACAGCCACAGACAACUCCACAAUCAUACAAAGUACUGAGACUGUAGGGAUUGUUGCGGAACAAGCUGAACAAGAACUCCAUAAUUCCAGUACAAUUUGCCAAGGGACUGUCAAAAACUCCAGAAAGUUAAAGCGAAAGAAAAGCAGUUUAUCUAAAUGCAAAGCUAGCAAAAGAAGCGCAAGGCAGGAUGGGCCCUUGCACUGCUCUGCAUUGAGCAAUGAGGACACAUUACAGAUGGUCAUUACACCCAAGACCAUUGCAAAAUCAAACAAGAAAACAAAGAAGAAACUGAAAAAGAAAAGCCAGGAGCAACAGCAUGUGAUUGUGUCUGACAAUAAUCUUAAUAACACAUCUGUUGAGCAGUCCCAAGAAGAAGGCAAAACUCUUGAUGAAAAUGCAGCCAAGCAAAGGUCUAAAUCCCGUCUGUCGGAGCUCCUCAAAGAUUUUGUUCCAAGUGCAGAAACGCUAGCAACUGGGACACUACAUAGCAUGUAUAAAUAUGAUCUUCCACGUUUUGAAAAAUUUAAAGAAGAAGGAAUUCCAAUCCGACAAGGCAGAUUUACAAAGGAAGAAAAUGAGCAGUUGAAGAAAAACAUUAAAGAAUUAAUGGAGCUAACUGGAAUUCAAUCUGAAUGGGAGUUUUUCCAUGUUUCCGACUCCUUUGAUGAAAUGAUGAGAAUAAAACAGCUCAAGCAGAGUAAUUUAUUCUGUACUAAAUUAGCUGAAGGCAUUCCAAGACCAUGGAAGUGUGUUUAUCAGCGAGCCAAGAAGAUGUUUGAUCCUAAUCGAUGCAAAGGCAGGUACACAGAAGAAGAAUUGAAGAAACUGAACCACUUGCUCCAAAUUCAUGGGAAUCAGUGGAUCAAAAUUGGUAAACUCAUGGAUCGAAGUGAUACCUCUGUUUUAAAUCGGGCAAGAUUAUUAAAGAAAUCCUUGAAAACUGGACCCUGGAGUAAAAAGGAGGUGAGGACACUAAUGAAGAUAAUGGAGAAAAUAAUUAAAGAAAGAAUGGCAGAAUUACCCAAUAAUCUAACAAUCUCGGAUUCGGAUUCAAAAGUGCCCAAUUCAAUCUUACGUGAAAAAUUAUACAAGAAACUUCCUUGGUCUGCAAUUGCAGAGCAAAUGGAACAUCGGAACUGGUUGCAGUGCAGGCAGAAGUGGUUGAGUAUCUUGACUGCAAAAAUGUCUGACAGGACGAUGCCCUUGAAAACCAACUGUAACCAGAAAAAUAUCAAUCUCAUCAAAAGAUUGUACCUGUCAGGUGUUGAUGACAUUGGUGAGGUGGAUUGGGAGGAACUUUGCAGCGCUGUUGGAGAUGUUCCACCUAUAGCCAUUCAAAGGAUGUUCUAUAGAUUAAAAUCCCGUUAUGUACCUGACUGGUCCAAGAAGUCCUUUGGAGCUAUUGUAGAAUUCUUACAUGACUUCGUAAUUCCAAAACUGGAGACGAUGCUUUGUACAAAAACCCAAGUGGAAGAUAUCCAUCAGCCACAACAACACGUGUUCCAAUUGAGUGAUAUAUUUAAUGAAAUUGAUAAUAGUGACUUUGAGGAUGAAGAUGAUGAAGAUGAGACAAUACAUUCAUAGGAGGAACAAUCAGUGCAAACUCCAGCUAGAGAAACUAAAUGAAAACAAUAUCCUGCAUGACAAGAAUUUCUCCAUUGUCUGUGCUGAUUGGAACUGAUGCUGUCCUGCAUGAAGUACUGAGGAAGCAAUAGGACUGGAAGUCAUCUGUUGAACUGUUUUACCACACUGUUUAUACAUUGAUGUUAUGUGAACUUCCAUACUCCUGUAGUUUUUAAACAUUCUCCAGUUUUAUUAUUCAACUAUUUACUGAAGGUAAAUAUUUGAUAGAUGAUAUAUCAUAAUGAAAAAGAUAAAUGAUUGUUAUUGUAAAAUUAAAUAUUCCAGGAAAUGUGUGUAAAAAUAUAUAUAUAUAAAUCCUCAACCCCUACUUUUAUGAAGAUGAAUAAUUCAAUCUUGAAAUAGGAACAUCACACAGGUAAUUGAAUGAAUAUCCAAAGAAUCUCAGACAAGUCUUUGUAAAUAUUUCCAAUUAUUAAAUUUUAUACAUUUUUAUCCAA